AUGAGCGCAACUCAAAAUCACCAAGACACUUGGCAAUUCAGGAACGUUCACGAGGCAGGUUUGGUGUUUGUAUCAUGGCUCCCACCCGCCUCGAGUUCAGCCUCAACGGCGAAUCCUCCGGAAAUCCGCCCCCAACCAUCAACCUCAGGCCAUGAGCCAGACAUCGUCCACGGGUUCAUUUCGACUCCAACCACCGAUGCAAACACCUCCUUCCGCAAAGAGGACAGGUCCUCCUGCGAGUACGACGUUGCGCUGCAAUCAAACUUCCCUUCGACAGCCCUGCAAGGCAAAGGUGACCCCCAAAGCCAAGUCGUGCGAGACGUCGAUCCCGCCAGCUCUAGACCCCACGGUCAGGGGCCCCGCCCGGGAAGGAUCUUCGGGGGACGGUCCGGGAAUGUGGGCUUCACAUGGUACCGAGUGGGACUUGACCGCGGAUGGGAUGCAUCGGAUGUUGUAGGUACCAUAACGCAGAGGCCUCAAGGUUCAUUUCAUUCAAACGGCGGAGACUUUGUGUGA